AUGCGUAUAGAAACUUGUUAUUUUUGUUCUUCCAGGAUUUAUCCUGGUCAUGGAAUACAGUUCGUGAGAAAUGAUUGUAAGAUUUUCAGAUUCUGCCGUUCAAAAUGCCAUGCCGCUUUCAAAAAGAAGAAAAACCCGCGUAAAACUAAAUGGACCAAAGCCUACCGCAAGACGGCAGGCAAAGAGCUGGCGAUCGACCCUUCGUUUGAAUUUGAGAAACGUCGCCAUGUACCAGUGAAAUAUAACAGAGAAUUAUGGUCGAAGACUAUAGAAGCCAUGAAAAGAGUAGAAGAGAUCAGGCAGAGGAGGUCGAACAACUACAUAAUGCAGAGAUUGAGGAAAGGUCGUGAAGUUGAGUGGCAGAGAGAUGUCAGAGAAGUUCAAAGGGAUAUUUCACUGAUAAGAUCACCAGCAGCCGGUCUGAAACAACGCCAAGCUGCUGAAGAAACUGAAAUGGAUGUGGAACCCGAAACUAUUGAAAUUGUCGAUGCUAAGGGCCGCAAGCAAGUCAUAGAGGCUCCUGUCAUGGUACCUGCCACUGGAGAAAUGAUUGAAGAUGGGGGAGAUAUAGAAUUAUAA